CAUGGCGGCGCCCAGGGGACACGCGUUACUGCACCGGGUGUUGGCAGAAUGUCCGGUAACGAAAGCUCGGGCCUGCGAAUUGCUGUUACCCCACGGGCCGGUGAAGACUCCGGUGUUUAUGCCGGUGGGAACUCAGGGCACGAUGAAGGGGGUGACUGCGGAUCAGCUGCGGGACCUGGGCUGCCAGAUCUGUCUAGGGAACACCUACCACCUGGGGAUGAGGCCGGGUCCGGAGAUAAUGAAGAAGGUGAAAGGCCUGCACGGCUUUAUGGACUGGGACCGAAACCUUCUGACGGACAGCGGUGGCUUUCAGAUGGUCUCGUUGGUGGAGCUGUCCAAGGUGACAGAAGAAGGGGUGCACUUCACGUCUCCAUAUGAUGGGAAGGAGAUUCUCCUGACUCCAGAGAAAUCCAUUGAGAUCCAGAAUGCGCUGGGCUCUGACAUCAUGAUGCAGCUGGAUGACGUGGUGAGCAGCACCAUCACUGGUCCCCGCGUGGAAGAGGCCAUGUACAGGUCCAUCCGCUGGUUAGAUCGCUGCAUCACCGCCAAUCACAACCCGCAGAAGCAGAAUCUGUUUGCCAUCAUUCAGGGAGGUCUGAACGCUGAGCUGCGCAAGAAGUGUCUGGAUGAGAUGACCAAGCGAGAUGUUCCUGGCUUUGCCAUUGGUGGCCUGAGUGGAGGUGAGGAGAAGGACCACUUUUGGCGGAUGGUGACCCUCAGCACUGACUACUUACCCAAGGACAAACCUCGCUACCUUAUGGGAGUUGGAUACGCCACAGAUCUGGUGGUUUGCGUGGCUCUUGGGUGUGACAUGUUUGACUGUGUCUUCCCCACUAGAACGGCCAGAUUUGGGUCGGCGUUGGUUCCGUGGGGUUCUCUCCAGAUAAAGAGCAAACAGUUUGCCAAAGACUUCACUCCCAUAGACAAGGACUGUAAAUGCCCGACAUGUCAGAGAUAUUCCCGCGCUUACAUCCAUGCUCUCUUUAAAAGUGAUACCGCAGCGAUGCAUCACAUCACUAUCCAUAAUAUAGCUUACCAGUUGAAUCUGAUGCUCUCGGUGCGGGAUAGCAUUCUGAAUGGACGCUUCCCACAGUUUGUGCAGGAUUUCAUGAGGACCAUGUAUGGCACAAAGGACAAGUACCCACAGUGGGCCGUAGAUGCCCUACAGUCCGUCAGCAUCACCUUAGAGUGACGCCCAUAUAUAAAGACCCACAUUCCUUCUCCUGGAUCCCAGUGCCCACCCGCAAGGCUUGACGAUGCCAUCACUUGAGCAGAUAUGCCAGUGGAGCGUUGCUCAGUACUGCAGUGAUGGCAGCAGGCUCCGACGGAGGGCUUCUCUGCGAGAAAGCUGGGUUACAGUCAAUAUGGCUGCCUGGAUAGCACCCCGCUUUCUCAGAAACGGACGACCUGAAGGACUUGGAGGCUGUUUGAGGUCAUAGUGAUCACAAUUACAUGAAGAGCUUUACUUUCUCACUACAUCCCCUAUCCACCCGCUGUGCCCAGGCUGGAGAGGGUUAAUUCUCUAUUUUAUAACUUUUAAUCUGAUCACAAUUUUAAUAUUUUUUACAAUAAAACAGUUGGUG